CAUAUCCACAAAAUUGAUGUUUUUGAAAAACAACAAAAAAGAGGUGGGUGUUGAAAGUGUUUUAUAAUCAGAUUGUGCAAAGCAGUUGAAGUGAAAAAACUAUUUCGCUCAAUUAGAAAUAACUAGUCGCUUUCGAAAGUUAGCCUCAAACAAACAAUGACCGGACGUAACCGGAAUCAGGUGACGAAGCUUGAGACUACUAUCGAGCAGUGUCGUGGCGAGGGUAAAUGGCAACGAGUGACCGAGCUGGCAGACGAACUGAAAGCAGGUUACCCUCAAGUUGAAAGUCUGGCAAACUUCCUAAUGGGUGAAGGAAAGUUGGAGAGAUACCUCGAAGAGCACCCUCCGGUGGAAGACAAUUUUCACAAGGCCAAACUGGGACUUUCAGAAGCCAAGCGCUACCUGAAUUCAGUAAUUGGUGAAAGCGGAAAGAAGGCAGGCAUUGCGUUAGAUGCUCACUUGCUGUUGGCGAAGCUGUUCUACGCAUGUGGACAAUACGAUGAAUCGUUACAGAACUUUGUGCUAGCCGAACUGAACACACUAUCGGAGAAACAUUUAUCACCGCGAAGCAUUCGGAUUUUGGCGGAAUCGUAUGCCAUCAAAGGCAUGUGUCUGGAGAAGAAGGGUGCAAAGGCACCUUCGAAAUAUAAGCAAGCGGAACAGGAAACGGAAAUGAUCACUUGUUUUGAGCGAGCUGCAGAUUUGGGUAUACUGUAUCUCCAGGGUCAGGAUAAUAACUAUCAAAACGAGGUUCGAAGCAUGGGUGCGGUGUUAGAAACGGGUUUGCAGCGAGCUCCGAUUGUGCUGAUAAAAACUGGUAAGUUGCAGAAUGCUAUCGAUCGUUAUCGAGUAAUGUUGAACGCAGUGGAAACGAAAGCCACACAGACACUUAGGUUGACCUUAGCUAGGCAAUUGGCAGAAGUCUUGUUGCGGGGAGUAUCUGGAACCAUUUAUACGCCACCGACUAAUUUGAACGCUGCCAGCUCUGCAAGCAAGCGGUUGUGGGAACCAAAAAAGUAUUCCGCCAGGCAACAAUUCAUUCCAAAAAAUCAACACGAGGAAACAAUUUUACUGCUUUUGGUAGCUGAAUCAUUGGCCGUUAGAGAUGCUGUUCUCUCGCAGAGUCCUGAGUUCAGGGAAGCAAGGUUGCACUCGUUGGGAAACGCAACAGCCAUAUACGAUUUGCUGACCCUGGCCACUGUUCGUUGGAAUCAGGCAGGCUAUCUUCAUGAUUCGUUGGAGAAGGCGUUGAAAUUUUCUUUCGGCGAAAGCCACGUGUGGAAGCAGUAUGCAACGUGUUUGAUUGCCAUGGGGCGAUACAAGCAUGCUGUUUGUGCGUUGAAGGAGCAUUCGAAGUUGGAACCGCAAGACAGUCUUAGCUGUCUGAUGGCUGCGAGAUUGUGCUACGAGCACUUGGAUCAAAUUAAGGAAGGUUUAGCCUUCGCCGAGGAAGCUCUUAGCAAAGAAGUUAAGGGAUUGAGACGCUCUCGAGCCCAGCUAUAUGUUGGAAUAGGCUUGCAACAAGUUGCUGUUUCUUCAAAUCUCGUCUCUGAGAAUGAUCAGUUCAACAAGCUUGCAUAUGAAGCACUGGAACGAGCCGUCCUUCAAGACCCGAAUGAUCAUCUCUCGGAGUACUACCUAGCUUGCCAGCAUGCUUUCAAUUACAACAUCUCAGAGGCUCUGCUUCACAUCACCAACGCCCUUUCACUUCGAGCUGAACAUGCCUCUAGUUUACACCUGUUCGCACUUUUGCUCACUGCGAAUCGGCGCCCAAAGGAAGCGCUGGCCGUUGUACAAGAUGCCACCGAAGAGUUUCCAGAUAAUCUGAAUCUCUUACAUGUCAAAGCCCACCUAGAGCUCUACCUGAAGGACGUGGAAACCGCACUCGAGACUGUUCAACGAAUGUUGUCUAUCUGGCGGGAAGUGUACGAAGUACAGCUAGCCAAUGCCGCCAAUGGAAUGGAGCACGACAACGAAAAACAUUCCGACACGCGAAGCGUGCUGCAGAUGCAGUCUUCACAAAUGUCGGACAAAGAUUCCAAUUCCAUCCACGCAGCCUCAUUGGCAGCCUCUCGUAUUGAACAUGCUCUUAGUGAAGCAGCCAGCUCCCUAAGCUCGUUUAAUCCCCGUCCUGGACCACAAAAGGCUUGGACGAUACAGUUCAAAAUUUGGCUGCUGUUAGCCGACGUUUAUCUUGCCAUAGAACAACCCAACGAAGCAAUCAACUGCAUUCAAGAGGCAUGCUUGAUUAAUCCAGUUUCCCACCAAGUGAUGUACAUGCGCGGCCAAAUACACGUCUACCAGCAACAGUGGGCCGAAGCUAAACAAAGCUUCCAGAAUGCAGUCUGUGCCAAUCCCUAUCACACCGAUGCUUUACGAGCUUUGGGUGAAGCUCAUCUGACCCUGGGUGAACCAAGGCUUGCGGAGAAAACUCUGAAGGAUGCCGCUCGUAUUGACCCCAACUGCCCUAAAAUCUGGUUUCUUCUAGGUAGGGUGAUGGAAAGUCUAGGCGAUUACACAGCAUCAGCUGACUGCAUGGCUGCUGCACUGCAAUUGGAACCAUCUUGUCCGGUGCUACCGUUUACUUCGAUUGCACUAGUGUUCGAGUAGAGCCAUCUGUACAUCCGUAAGCAUAACGUAUUUAAUACUAAUUGUAGAGAGACCAUCUCGCUAAAGUUGACUAUUUCAUAACACCUGUAAGGUUCGGAAUUCAUUUAUUUGUGGUGGAAUGGUGGAUUAUGCGCAUGUGUCCCCCACUUACCGGUGUGGUUUUUCCAUCUUACUAUUUAUUCAACCUCUGUGAUUGUUGUUUUAUGUGUAAGGCAUUUAUUCCCGUGGUAUUAUAAAUGAAUCAUGUUGCAAAAUAUAUCGUUAAUGUAAGG